AUGAUCACUUAAAAAGGAAUUCAGGUAUUUAGUGAAGCGCUGAAAACUUUAGUUUGCUUAAAAAAGUUUAACUUUUACAAUUAAGGUAAAUACUCUAUGAUUGAAGGAUUUUCUUUUAUCUUAGAUUCUCUAAGUUAUAUGAAAGAUCUUAUUGAUUUGAGAAUAGUAUUUUCAUUUGAGACAAUUAUAUUUCCAGUAGAUGCUCAAAUCAUGGUUAAAAGUUUCAAAAACCUAAAUUAAUUAAAAUAUUUAGAAUUAAAAGGAUUUAAUUUAUUUUAACUUUAGUAAAAUGAUGAAAUUGCUGAUAUAUUAGCAAAUAAAAUUCUUUUAGAGACUCUUAUCAUAUUCUUUCAUAGAAUACCUGAAGAUAAUUUAAUUUACAACAAAAUUUCUCAAAAUUUAUAAUUCUUGUCAAAUCUUAAAGAUUUACAGUUAUAAGUUUCAGAUGUUAGCAGCAGACAAAUUGAUUUGGGUUUUGAUUUUUUUUCAAAUUCCUUGAUCAAAUUAAAUAAUUUAGAGUGUUUAAAUUUGUAGAUUUAAUCUGGAAACUAGGUUGAUUUAUUGCAAUUCAGUGCUUUGGGUGAUGCAUUGAAAACACUAAUAAAAUUAAAAUAAUUAGAUCUAUUUUUAGGAGAUAGCAACAGAAAUGCUUUGGAAAAGCUAACAAAGUUAUAAAAUUUAAAUAUUGAAAUUGAGACAAAAGCUAUUUCGUACAAACAUUAAUAUGUGCACAGCAGUGAACUUGAAAAAGCUACAAAUUCAACUAGAUGUUGGUAAUUUUUCUGA